ACUAAACGCCGGUCAAAUACCAAAAUUAGCUCGUAUGUAUAAACAUUAGCUGUCUUGUUAAUUCGGACAUAUUUGUCAGAAUUACACUCAGAAUGGCUCAUUUGAGAAGCCAUCGCUCUAAAGUGAGGAUCGGAAACUGGCUUGAGGACCAGCACUUAGAAGAGGAUGCAGUCAAAGAAUAUCUGGAGAAAAAAGAGAAAGGGGAACUUGCUACCCAGAAAGUAGACUUCCUCACAGAGAACAUUUUGAGACCGGUAAAUCUCUCUGUGUCUAAUGACGGUCUGUUGCACUUUGGAGAUGUUGUGAUGUUGGUGAACAUGGGAGGGGAAAACAGGGAGUGCAGUGCAGUCGGUAUCAAUGCAGACGUCAGCAGUGUGACAAAGAUCCCUUCGCCUGGCAUUCGAGUCCCUUGUGGAGUAAGCGCAGGAAGAGGUAUUCAGGCCUGCACACGCACUGCUUUCAUCAUUACAAGUGUGGAUGGAAGUCCUGAAGGAGCCACUCUUCUUUAUGAGCAAAGUUUUGCCCUUAAAACUACAAGUGGCUUUGCCAGGGGUCUUUACUUGACGAGCGACAUAAAAAGUUUUCAAAAGUGUGCAAAGAAGUCUCGCCUCCAAGAAGUAAACCUCGAUGACAGCUGUUCCUUUCUGUCCUGGUGGAGGACAGUGCACUUUGAUCCCCAGGAGAGACUUGAACAUGAGGGUCAGCCGGUUCAUGCUAAUAAGAAGGUGCUGAUAACACACUGCAAGACGAACCAGGCUCUGGCUGUUCUGGGAGAUCAAGUCAUUUGGUCCAUGUAUGGCAAAGAGUAUGAGGUUACGGCUCACACCUUCUUGGACUCACACAAAGCUGAGCAGGAAAACAACCACUGGGUUCUGUGCACCUCUGACCCUGCAGGGGAUGGACUUGUGCUCUUCAACCGCCCACAGUCAGCAGCUGAUGGCAAGGCACCUGUACAAAGUGGGAAGUAACACCUAAAUGUUUUAUAAUAAAGUUUUCUUUUCUGUUUGCA